AUGCCACGCAGAGGUCCACCCCCGCCCCCUCCCAAGUUCGUGCUCCCCGGUAUCAAGCACAUCGUGGCCGUUGCCUCCGGGAAGGGCGGUGUGGGCAAGUCCACCACCGCAGUGAACCUCGCGGUGGCCAUGUCUCAGUCCCUGGGUCUGAGGGUUGGCCUGCUGGAUGCUGACGUCUUCGGUCCCAGCGUGGGGCACAUGCUGGGCCUGAGCGGGAAGCCUGAGAUCGGCGCAGGCGGGCUCAUGGUGCCGCGCAGCGCGCACGGCGUGCGAUGCAUGAGCAUGGCCUUCCUGCUGGCGCAGGACGCGCCCGCCAUCUGGCGCGGGCCGAUGGUCAUGGGGGCCCUGGAGACCCUCAUGUCCAAGGUGCUCUGGGCGCCACUGGACGUGCUACUCCUGGACCUGCCGCCGGGGACGGGGGACGCGCAGCUCACCGUCACCCAGCGCCUGCACCUGUCGGGGGCCGUCAUCGUGUCCACGCCCCAGGCAAGAAGGGGGGGAGUGGGAGCAUUUCACAUGCAGGACAUCGCGCUCCUGGACGCCAGGAGGGGGGCCCUCAUGUUCCGCCAGGUGGGCGUGCCAGUGCUGGGCAUCGUGGAAAACAUGUCCUACUUUGUGUGCGGGCACUGCGGCGGCGAGUCGCACAUCUUUGGCCAGGGCGGCGUGCAGAAGGCGGCGGCCGACCUGCACAUGCCACUCUUGGGGCAGGUGCCUCUGAACAUAGACAUCCGGGAAGGGGCCGAUGGGGGUGACCCAGUGGUGAGCUCUGCGCCCAGCUCAGCCUCCGCCAGGGCGUACGUUUCGGUGGCAGAGGCAAUCCUCAGGCAAAUAGAGGAGCGGAGCGGGUCCCCUGUGCGUCCGAAGGACAGCUGA